ACCAUCAAUGUGACAAUCUUUAAUAAAAACAAAAAAAAAAAAAAAGAAAAGCUUUUUAACAAUUAAAAUUAAAAAAAUUGAAAAGAGCGCGCCGAUAAAUAUAGCAACGGGUGGUCAGUGACAGCCGAGAAGUCACCCUGUUCGUGACGAAGUUAUCGAAGGCUUUUCUUUUUUUCUUCUUCUUUUUCAUCGUAAAAGAAAUGGCAGAGAUGGUUGAUCACAAAAUGAAAGGAAGAAUAGUAGCAUUGAUGAUCAUGGUGUUGAUCUCCCAGGUUCUGUCUGCAUCCUUACAUGGCUGUUUUACAGCACCCGGUCAAGGUCAACUUAGGAAGAGAAGUGCUGUCCAUCCAACGGCUGUUAAUGCUUUUGGCUCCUCUGUUUUUCUUCCUGUUUCUGGCAAUGUCUAUCCUCUUGGGUACUAUUCUGUGACACUUAGAAUUGGCAACCCACCUAAGCCUUUUGAGCUGGAUAUUGAUACUGGCAGUGACCUCACUUGGGUCCAAUGUGAUGCUCCUUGUACUGGUUGCACUCUGCCUCCUGACCGUCUUUACAAGCCGGCUAAGAAAAACUUUCUGGCUUGCAAGGACCCCAUAUGUGCUGCACUUCACUCUCCAAAAUCACAUCAUUGCGAGAACCCUAAUGAAAAAUGUAGCUUUCAAGUUGAUUAUGCUGAUCAUGGCUCAGUUCUUGGUUUCGUAGUCUCAGACUACUUUCCCCUACUCCUUGUCAAUGGCUCCGGUCUUAAUCCCCUUUUGGCCUUUGGGUGUGCAAAUCGUCUGCAAAAUGGCGGUCCACACCCUCCUCCGACCACUGCCGGAGUCCUCGGACUUGGCAAAAGUAAAGCAAGCAUAUCAUCACAAUUGAGUGGCUUAGGUUUAACACAAAAUGUGGUAGGCCAUUGUCUCAGUGGACAAGGAGGGUUUUUGUUCCUUGGAGCAGAUUUUGUCCCUGAAUCACGAAUGACUUGGACAUUGCAAAAUUCCUCUGAUAAACAUUAUUCUUCAGGUCCAGCAGAACUUCUUUUCCGUGGGAAGCCUACUGGUGUAAAUGACCUUAAUGUUAUAUUUGAUACUGGAUCCACCUACACUUACUUGACCUCAAAAGUUUACCAAACUGUGCUUGAUCGGGUAAGGAAAGAUCUCAGUGGAAAACUGCAAGUUGUGAAAGAUAAAGCUCUCCCAAUCUGCUGGAAAGGCACUAGACCUUUCGAAUCUGUGCAAGAUGUUAGGCACUAUUUCAACACCUUUUCGCUGAGGUUUACAGGGGCAAGAGACAUUCAGCUACAAUUACCACCCGAAGCAUAUCUCAUUGUCACUGAACAAGGAAAUGUUUGCCUUGGAAUUUUGAAUGGCACUGAAGUAGGACUAGGAAGUAGCAAUGUGAUUGGAGACAUUUCAUUGCAAGACAAACUGGUGAUAUAUGAUAAUGAGAAUCUGAGGAUUGGAUGGGCUGUUGCAGAUUGUACUUGCCAGCUUAGCGGAUUUUGAAUAACUUCUAUGUAAAAUUAAAUAAAAAGGCUGAACGUAGCUUCGUUCUUUUUGUUUACUUAUAGAGGCCUCAUUCCCUUGUUUCGUCAGUUUGUUUAGUUAUAGUGGCAAUACAAAUGGCUUUACAGAAGACAUUCACAAUGUCUUUUGAUAUGUUUUAUGCA